AUUUGAAGUUUUAUAUUGCAGGUAAAAGCAUGAUGCAUGUUCUGAAUUGGAUUGGAUUGGAUUAGAUGAGCCGGCCGCCUUGAUUACUAUUCGUGCUGCCCACUUUCAGAAGCAAAGUGCUGUGGAAGCUUCCACAGUUAUAUAUAGAUAGAUAGAUUGCAGAACAGAGUUGACAUUGAGACAAGGAGCUUGUAAAAUGGCUGGCAUGGCGAUUGUUAUGUUGUUUAGUCUGUUGUUGUUGGAUAUUAGCAAUGGAUUCUCAAGUCCAGCUUUGACACCACCCGCGGGCAACAGCCUGAAGAUGAAACUCAAAACCCGGAAUGGAAUAUGGGCGUAUAAGUGCGAGGGGAGCAAGUGGGUUCCUGUUUUGGCUACAGCGGAUGUUGUCAAUGCUUCAGAUUUGGGGCAGAGUUAUGGAAAUUUUUCUUUGUUGUAUCGUCCAAGCAAUCCUAAAUUUGCAGGCCUCUGGUAUCUUAUUAAUGGCCCUGCCGAUUCUGCAGAGUCUGGAAUGACUAUCAGCAUCGUCGGAGGGACAGAAAUAGCAUCGGAGGCGUCGGCAGGGGGAGGAAUUCCUGAAAUAGUGGCAGAAGCAUCGUACCACAAGAACUAUGGCGUUGCAUAUCGCGUAUCGUAUAUCCAGCGGGUGGGCACUAAGGGCGGCAUUCCGUCCACAAAGUGCAGUGGUUCAAAGAAAAGGCUUGAAAGAGUUCCGUUUGAGGCCGAAUUCUGGUUUUACACGCAGGAUUUGGUUCCUCCCACAGUACCGGCCCCAAUCGGGGUUCCGUCAGGUCGAAUGGUAAUGGGAAUGUUCUGCAAGGGAGUCGCAAAGUAUAACUACGAUGGCUCCAAAUGGGUGAGGCAGAGCAUCCAGGGGAAGCUUUACGACGUGCCAGGGGGAAUACCCACUGGCAAAUAUUAUGUUAAAAGCAAAGCUGAUCCCAAUGGAGGAACUUUCUGUCUCGAGACAAACAAUCCCCUCGCGUGGUCUGUCACAGGUAAGAUCCAGGGCAAUUCCGUUCAAGUCUCGCCGGAUUCGAUUCCCUGGUCUCUUUUCCAAAUCACCAGCAGCAGCGGAAACACAUCUGUGUUGGGGCCCUUCAACUACUUCCAGAUGAUCUCUACAAGAGGUGGAGCUCCACCCAAAGCAAGCAAGGGCACAGCCAUUGGAAGCGUCUAUAAAUCACUCUUCACCAAUGUCUUCUGGCUUUUCUGCCCCCCUUAAAUUCAUCUUUAUGUCAUUCCACUCCUCUAGUAUUGUUUUUGCUAAUAAAAGAUUAGCACAACUUUAAGAUGUGUGAUGCUUAAACUAAUGAAACCAUUAUCUAAAUCAUAUGUGAUUCUAGCUC